AUGUCUCAAAAGGCCGACUUGGUGAUCCAGUUUGUGGCCACAACGGCCUCAAAGUCAAAGGAUGACAAGCGCAACAAGGCCCAGAGCGCGCUCAACGAAUAUAAUGAGCUCCUGAACACGCUGCAUAACGCAGGUCUCCUAGCUGCCGGAAAGCAAGGCAGCACAAAUCGAGAGAUUCUCAUCGUUGUCUCGUGUCCCUGGGAUAAACUUAGAGAACUCAUCGAAACCGAACGACACACAGACUUUCUUCACGGACUUCUUACAAACGCCUAUCAUGGCGAAGAACGCGAUUUUGCAGCCUCACCCCUCAGUCCAGCAGACCGCGUUCGCCUCGUGCACACGUACGUGACCUCUGCGACUAGUCAAGGAGGCCUGGGUAUUACCUCCGGUAACAAGGACAAGUGGCCAAGCGUCCAGAGCGUGUUCGCUCUUCAUGACAGGACCUUCAACCAUACAUGGCUUGACAGCUGGACGAAACGUCAACUGGGCUUCACGAUGAAAGCCUCCGAACUUGACGUUGUCAAAAAUCAGUUUGGAGAAUCCGUCGCGCUCUACUAUGCCUUUCUCUCCUCCUACUCCCAGGCCCUCGUCUUCCCAGCGCUCAUCGGAGUCACCUUUUGGAAGUUUGAGAAGCCAUAUAGCCCAAUCUACUCCAUUCUGAUCGUCCUUUGGUCGGUCUUGUUUGUCGAGUGGUGGCGUAUUCGCGAGCGCAAGCUCAGCGUCCGUUGGGGAACGCGCGGGGCGGCUCGUGUCGAGAAGCGUCGUGUCGAAUUCAAGCCAGUAAAAUCUACGGGGAAUGACGAAGAUGAAAGCUUCCCUUGGUGGAAGCGUGAGUUUAGGGUUCUCACCUCACUCCCCGUCAUCGGAACCGCUGCGGUCAUGCUUGCCGUUCUCCUCACGGGAAUCUUUAUCCUCGAAGCAUUCGUGACCCAGCUUUAUACUGGACCCGGUCACCAGUAUGCAUCAUUGGUUCCGACGAUCCUGUUUGCAGCUCUGGUUCCACAAUUCCUUGCCGUCUAUCAAAAAUUCGCCGUUGCGUUGACCGAUUGGGAAAACCACGCCCACCAAUCCUCACAUGAUGCCAGCCUGACGAUCAAAACCUUUGCACUUUCCUCAAUUGUUGCAUACCUCGGUCUCUCCCUCAGUGCAUUCGUCUAUGUUCCAUUCGGCGAGUAUCUGAUGACUCUGGUUCAUACGAUGAUCUUUGCGGAAAGCACGAAGCCAGACGAUAACAAGGCGGACGCAAAAAUACACGACAAAGCGUCCAAACUGGCUCCGGCUUCGGCGCAAACGGCGGAACAUAUCUCAGGCAAGCUUAAUGCUUCUCGCCUACAGAACCAGAUGUUCGCCUACACUGUUACCAACCAGAUUAUCAACUCAUUCAUCGAAGUUGUGCUUCCAUUCAUCACCCGUGGAGUUAGCAACGCUCGGAAUGGAAAAGGCCUCCAUAUGGGAACUCCAAAAGCUGAGAAGGACGACCCGACCGGUGAAAAACAGUUUAUCAGCGAUAUCAAGUACCAAGCCUCGUUACCUGAAUAUUCCAUUUUCGUCGACUAUUCCGAGAUGGUGACCCAAUUUGGUUAUGUUGCUCUCUACUCGACGAUUUGGCCGCUCGCACCAGCCAUGGCUCUCAUCAACGAUUGGCUUGAGCUUCGUUCAGACGCAUUCAAAAUGACGACACACACUCGCCGGCCCGUCCCAACUCGCGUUGAUACGAUUGGUCCGUGGCUAGAGAACUUGAGCUUCAUUGCGUGGCUUGCAGCUCUCAUUAACAGUGCCCUGGUGUACCUCUUCCGGCCCUCGGAGUCCAAAGGAUUCUUCCAUUCCAUCUUUCAUCAGCACCACACUGUGUCUUCUGGGGGUCCACUUGAAACACUCGAGACAUCUAUCGUGCCUGCCAUUUUGAUUGCUCUCUCCGCUUCACAUGGCUACAUCAUUCUUCGUGCUGUUACCAGACACAUUCUGGAGCGUGCGUUGUGGAAAGGAUGCCCUGAAGCAAAGGAGGGAGAGCAGAAGGAACGCAUAGUCAAGCAAAAGUACCUCCAAAACGCAACGAGUACGCUAAGCUCCUCGGGUCAACGAGAAAAGCGCGAAGUUAGUGCGGAUGGCUUGCUCUGGCAAGAGGAUGGAAAGGCAGAGCUCGAGAAAUGGAUCAAGACUGAGUGA